AUGUUGUUCCUUCCAUUCAUCGCGGCAAGCUUGCUUACGACCACGGCAGUUGGGCUGCAAAACCCUCACCGUCGAGCUCCCGUAAAAACACCUGCGCACACUCAGCACAAGAGACACAUUGAAUCCAGUUCUUCAGAAUUCAAGUAUCUAAAUCACCAGACUGAGAAAUUCUUGGUCAAUGGCACCCACUUUCCCCAAGUCCCAUUCGACAUUGGAGAGAGUUAUUCAGGACUCCUUUCCAACACCCCGCAUGGCAACUCAAGCUUAUUCUUCUGGUUCUUUCCAUCUGACAACCCCGCAGCUGAUCGUGAGAUCACCAUUUGGCUAAAUGGAGGCCCCGGGUGCUCGAACGGGCCCUUUUUAUGGCAAUCUGGAACAUACGCCCCGGUCCGGAAUCCUUACUCCUGGACGAACUUGACCAACUUGGUUUAUAUCGAUCAGCCCGCUGGUACUGGGUUUUCACCGGGGCCCGCUACCGUGCAGGAUGAGAUCGACGUCUCCAAUCAAUUCAACGAUUUCUGGAAGAGGUUCAUUAAAACCUUUAGCAUGCAAGGUUAUCGCAUCUAUAUAACCGGAGAGAGCUAUGCGGGUCAAUAUAUCCCAUACCUCGCAGCUGGCAUGUUGGAUCAAAACGACACUCAAAACUUCAAUCUCAAGGGAAUUCAAAUCAACGAUCCAUCCAUUAACGAAGAUGAAGUCAUGAUCUACGCCCCUGCAGUUGCCGCAUUGAAUUACUUCGAUCGUGUCUUUGGUCUGAAUGAUACCUUCAUGACCGAAAUCAACGAGAAAGCCGACAAAUGCGGAUACAGCAAGUUCCUUGACGCCGCUUUGACUUUCCCACCACCAAAAGAUUUCCCGGUUGCUCCAAGCCCCUACGAGGAUGGUUGCGAUGUGUGGGAUCAGAUUGUGAAGGCAGCAACCUACGUGAACCCGUGUUUCAACAUGUACCAUUUGACGGACUUUUGUCCUUUCCUAUGGGAUGAGAUGGGGUUCCCCUCGCUAGCCGGUGGUCCAAACAACUAUUUCAACGAGACAGCGGUGCAGAAGGCACUACAUGUCCCUCCUACUAACUACGCUGUUUGUGAUAAUGGAAUCUUUCCAAAUGGGGACGGGUCCCUUCCCAGUGCUCUAGGUCCACUUCCUAGCGUGAUUGAGCGGACAAACAACGUGAUUUUGGGUCAUGGGUGGUUUGACUAUCUACUGUUCAUGAAUGGUAGUUUGGCGACUAUUCAAAACAUGACAUGGAACGGGAAGCAAGGAUUCCAAAAGGCCCCGACCGAGCCUCUUUUUGUUCCUUACACAGAUGCAUUGGAUUCAAUUGCCAAUGGUAACGGAGAGUCGCCAUACACUGCCGAUGCAGGCGGUGGUAUCCUGGGAACGGCACACACAGAGCGUGGUCUCACAUUCUCGACGGUUUAUGGCUCUGGGCAUGAAAUUCCUCAAUAUGUUCCAGGUGCUGCCUAUCGCCAACUCGAAUUUCUGCUGGGUCGCAUCAAGAGUUUACAGCAGAAAGGAUCCUACACAGCUUAG